AUAAAAGAUCCCUUGCUGAUGAUGGAAAAAUAUAGUCUGUUUCCUUCGAAACACGUGUCAAUUACCAACAGUUUGACAUCCGAUAGCCGAUGAAAAUUGGACAACAGAGCGUCACUGGACAAAUUACAAAACUGAUGAUUUAAUUUUUAUUCUUAAGUUUUACAAAUAUACUCGAGAUUGCAGCUUUAAUGUUAAAACUAUCCUUCAAAACACGUUUGACAUCCGAUAGCCGAUGAUUAGUAGUGAACGAAAAUUGGACAACAAAGCGUCAAUGGACAAAUUACAAGACUGAUGAUUUAUUUUUGAUUCUUAAGUUUUACAAAUAUACUCGAGACUGCAGCUUUAAUCAUAAAACUACUUUUCUAUUACAGGAUGCCCCAGUCACACAGAAAGGUGGAGAUGGGAGACAAGUCACGGAUGAUGGCCGCUGGUAAAUAUUCCGAGAACACCCUGCGAAACGUGAACGUCAUCAACAGCUUGGAAGCCAAACUGGCGAAGGUCAAGCUAAACGUGUUGGAACGAAACGCCAUUCAGAGCAUGCACAGGAUACGGCAUUACGAGGAGAAAAUCCAAGAUCUGAGACGGAAGACCCUGGCCUACCAACAAGUUGUGGCAAAACACCCAAUCCACUCGGCUCCGGACUACCAGAAAGCUCUGGACGAGAAGUACACCCUGCACAGUUUCAGACAUGAGAUCAAAGAAAUGCUGCACAAGCUUCAUCCGGACACGAUCAGAAAGAAGUGCGCCCAGGCUUUGAUAGAGGCCAGCAGAGAGCGGUACCAGGAAGCAAUCCACAGCAGCCAGCAGUACUUCAACUCCUUACUCCCUCCAAAACCCAGACCCAUUCUACACUAUGACAGGAAACCCCAGUUCAGACCAUCGUGGCACGAGGAGCCAGUUUUUGUAGCCAAACAUCCAAAGGAGAAGAACAAGCUUCCAUCGAUAACUCAGGCUAAUAAAGAACGUAAUUCCAAGAACGUGCUUACUACAGGAACUGGACAGACUUCUUCUAGAAACGUGCAGUCUACUUCCAAGAAUGUAGGUUAUGCCAAUAUGGAGGGGAAAUAUGCUACCAGUGACGAAAAACAAGCUACUAGAAACGAAGAACAAAUAUCUAGGAACGUAGAACAUGUUACCAAAAAUGUCCAUGCUACCAAAAAUGUCUAUACGACUAGAAACGUUCAACAUGCAACUCGGAACGUACACCAUGCUACCAGAAGCGACAAAAGGCGCGUGUUGGAUGAUAGGCUACCUGAAAUCACGUUUAGUUUAGCAAAAGUGGAAGCAGAUGUUAAUAAAGAGGACAAUAUUAAGGACUGGGUUAACAAACUACCCACGCAAGACGAAAGACGAAACAAACGACCAAGCCGGUUGGAGAGUAUGGCACCACAAGCUACGGACAUCUCGACUGAAGACCAGUCUAAACCAAAGAGUCGAGCUAGGAAGAGGUAUGCAGCAGACAAGCCAAGCGACGAAAGUGACCUGGAAACACCACGUGAUCAAGAUACAAGAAAACAAUAUGGCGCUCAUCGUUUGAAACGAAACCAGGCGAAACGGUUUUUGACUAAAUCGAGUGACGAUCGAGUGCACGAAAUAAGGAACGAUUCUGGGUACGGAACUGCAGAAUCAGAUUUUGAAAUUACACCACGAUUGAGAGAAGGGAAAGAAUGGAAAACCAUGCAGCAAUCCAAAAAGGACUUUACGCAGUAGCAGACGCUGUUUGGUUUUCUACUAAUAAACCUCAUUAACUGCAUGGGUGUUGCUAACAUGGGGAUGGCUGGUUAUUAGCAGGGUACUUACGAACACCUUCCCUUGUUGAUGGGAGCUUG